AUGAGCGCCGCUGUAGUUCUCGUCCUCUUCUCCGUCCUGACUGCGACACAAGCGUGCGAGGGUCCGGACGUGUGCAAUGUAAUCAGGAUGGAAAGUUGGAGCUACGAGUACUCCGAGAAGAUUGUGGAAAACGCCACAUGGGUCCUCAACAUGACGGUCGUAGAUCGGCAGUCCGCGACUGAGUGUACCCUGGGUGAAUCCUUCGGAUACCAGAAAGCUACCCUGUGGGUGAAUCACGGCUGUCGAGCUGCUUUCAAAGUUUGUUAUCUCCCAGUGAGGUCGACCAAGUGCAAAGUACUUACGAUGGAAAGUUUGAACUAUGAGUACGCCGAACAGAAGGUGAAGAAGGCUGCACUGUUCAUCAACAUGACCGUUGAAGAUCAGCAGUCCGAGGCCAGUUGCGAUCUGGAUAAAUCCUUCGGCUUCGACAACCCGCUACGUUAA